AUGACUUUUCUUAUCAUACUAUUCGGCUUGAUCCUCGGUGGCAUCUUUUGCCUGGAGGACAAGAGCCCUGAUUCGUUGAAUAACGACAUUGCCACUCAAAUCAGCAGAUGGGAGCGAAGUCCUUCGUAUGUCCCCACCCCUGGUAACUUCGGCCACGAGCAAACGCCAUCCGUAUCUUGCCCCUCUCCCGCCUACUCGUACGGUGACCGAUCCUCCUCCUCACAUCGACCGACGUCAGACCGCCUUGGCUUUCUUGAGGAUACCGAGCUGAACCAGCGAGAUACCACUCAGGCAGAUACUUUCGAGUCAAUAAAGUAUCUGAUCGAGUGGAAGGUGACCCUCAAUAAUCGGUUUCUGGCAAAGGACACCGAACAAGAUCUGGCCUACAAGCCCAAUGCCUACUGGCAAAAGAUCAAGGAGAAGGCCGAACGUAUUGUGCAACGGAAGAAACCUCGUAACCAACGAGUCCGGUUAGAUGAUACGAUCGUGACUGUUACACCAAGGUCCGAAACCAGUUUCCGCCCCGGAGACAAGAACUUAUUUCCAGACCCUAGCGCCAGGGCACUGAUAUAUAAUAGAUUUAUAUAUUUAGAUCUUUAUGAUGUCAUAUAA